AACGCCUCCAAGUAACGAGUUUAAACGUUUAAACAGCACUUCUAUGUAUGGCCAGCAGAGAGCAAUAGACCUGCAUACACAUAACCUACUGGAAAGCUAGGGUUAUAGUCUACUAUGUGCAAAUUAGAUGAUCAUGGUCACUCUCUAACAAAGUUGGGCAUUAAUGGGUUAACAAUAAUUUGUUGGUUGCCAACAAAAUUUCACUACAUAGAAUUAAUAUUGAAAUGUAUUAAGUUGAGGGUGACAAAAUUAAAUUGAGAGUAUUUCUUUAUUCUACCACAAGAUGUCACCAUCAAUAUAAACUUUUCUGCAGUGUUUUUGUUUGCAUCCUUCCUAGUCUGGUCCAUGGGGACAUGGCAUUAUCCUUUGUUUCCCAUUUCCAUAGAAAAACGAAAAUAUGUCAAGUACCUGAAUAAUAAGGUCAUUUUUGUGAUGCCCAGGGACAAUGCUACUAUUACCACAAAUCGAAUUCUAUAUUUUGUCACCUGUGAAGGUAGAAACUCUUAUCCCCUUUGUUAUGCACUUUGGAAAAAGUUUGUCCGAAAAUGCUUCCCAUUUAACUCAACCAUAAACAAGUUUGCUAUUUUUGUUUUAUCUAUAAAUAGACUAGGCAAUGUACAAAACUCUACCUGUAAUUGAAAAUAUAACAAUGCGUGCAAGUCCUUAUUUAAGUUGAUAUUAUUUGCCAUAACUCCCAGGUCAAAUGUCAAAACAUUAGCAGGCUGUUUUCACCAAUUAUUUAUUUCAUCAUUUAAGCGCUCUCUGAUUGGUUUGAGCUCUUCUCUAGCUCAGGGCCUGGCCAAUGGAGACGCAGGCUUGUUUGUGCAGCUUUCGGUGCGAAAAUAAAAGCAGGAAUCUGCUUUGAAAAGAGAAAUGUUGAUGCAAAGAAACAAAAGAUUGAGUCAAGUCUACAAUCUACAGUAUAUAUAUGUUAUUUGUUGUUUUGAGAAGAACAACGAUAGAUUUUAAGACAAAGACAGAGUCCAGUCAGUGGAGAGGCAGGCGACACUCAGACACUCAGGCCACCAGCCCUCCUUCGUUCUACGAGCCUCAUUGUGCCCCUCUUCUCCCCAUGAAGAUGGCACCCUCCCUGGCCACAGCCUUCUCCAGGCGCUGGUGGAUGGCUGUGACUGCGGUCAUAGAGAACCUGCUGUUCUCUGCUGUGCUGCUGGGCUGGGGCUCCCUGCUCAUCAUGCUCAAGUCUGAAGGCUUCUACUCCUACCUCUGCAGAGAACCUGGUAACAGCACCAGUCAGAACCAGUCUGAGACAGUCCAGGUUGUGGAUGCGGAGGGGAUCACCCAGAGCCCUGUGGUGGAGGAGGAUUACCUCCAGAUGAAUGGCUGGCCCAUCUGUAAGGACCAGGAUGAGAUGCUGAACUUGGCCUUUACUGUGGGUUCCUUCCUCCUCAGUGCCAUCACCCUGCCCCUGGGCAUUGUCAUGGACAAGUAUGGCCCACGCAAGCUCCGGCUGCUCGGCAGUACCUGCUUUGCUUUCUCCUGUAUCCUGAUCGCUUAUGGAUCGAGCGACCCCAAGAAUCUGUCCAUCCUCAUAUUCUUUGCUCUGGCUCUGAACGGGUUCGGAGGAAUGUGCAUGACCUUUACUUCCCUCACGCUGCCCAAUAUGUUUGGUGAUCUUCGUUCCACCUUCAUCGCUCUCAUGAUUGGAUCGUAUGCAUCCUCCGCUGUCACCUUCCCUGGGAUCAAGGUGAUCUAUGACUUAGGAGCCACCUUCAUCACCAUCCUGCUGGUGUGGGCUGCCUGCGCUGGCCUCGUCUUCAUCAACUGCUUCUUCAACUGGCCCCUGGAGCCCUUCCCUGGACCUGAGGAUAUGGACUACACUGUGAAGAUCAAGUUCAGCUGGCUGGGCUUUGACCAUAAGAUCACUGGAAAGCAGUUUUACCGCCAGGUGACCACGGUGGGGAGACGACUCAGCGUGGGGAACAGCAUGAAGCAAAACCCCAAGGAGCUGGCCCUACAGGAGGGCAACAAGCUGUGUCUCUCCACCGUUGACCUGGAGGUCCAGUGCAAGUCUCAGGAGGAAUCCCAGUCCUUCAUGAAGAGUGUCCUGAGUCCUAUCUUCAUGCUCAGCCUGAUCACCAUGUGUGUCACCCAGCUGAGGCUUAUCUUCUACAUGGGAGCCAUGAACAACAUCCUCGAGUCGCUGUCCGACAGAGACUUGAGCACAGUGAGUGUGUACACCUCCAUUUUCGGAGUGCUGCAGCUGCUCUGUCUGAUGACCGCUCCUGUGAUCGGGUACAUCAUGGACUGGAAACUCAAAGAGUGCGAGGAUGAGAACGCGAAGCCGGGUAAAAAAGAUCUUACCCAGCCCAAGCGUCGUGACAGACAGAUCCAGAAAAUCACCAACGCCACACGGGCCUUCAUCUUCACCAACCUGCUACUGAUGGGCUUCGGGGUCACCUGCCUCGUCCCCAGCCUCCCUCUCCAGAUUCUAUCGUUUAUUCUGCACACCAUUGUGAGAGGAUUCAUCCACUCUGCGGUUGGAGGGCUCUAUGCUGCUGUGUACCCGUCGUCUCAGUUUGGCAGUCUGACAGGCAUGCAGUCCCUCAUCAGCGCCCUGUUUGCCCUGCUGCAGCAGCCCCUCUUCAUGGCCAUGAUGGGCCCCCUGAAGGGAGACCCCCUAUGGGUCAACGUGGGCCUGCUGGGGCUGACGGUGCUGGGCUUCUGCCUGCCUCUCUACCUGCUCUGCUACAGCCGCCAGCUCCAACGCCAGAGGCAGGAGCGUGAGGAGGACCCCAAGAUCUACGUCCAGAUCAACAACGGCAGCAAGCCCGAGGCCUUCGUCUAGAGCGACAGACUGACGGACGGAGACUUGUUUCAACAACGAGAAGGAGGAACGGAGAGUGUGAGGAGGGGAGAGGUCACAGGUGUGACUGAACUGUAUGAUGAAUCGCAACCUCGCCCACCAACUCCGGUCCCUCUAACCGUCUGCACUUGCACUCAGACGAUACUCUCUCUCUCUCACACACACACACACACACACACACACACACACACACACACACACACACACACACACACACACACAACUCCCUUACAUUCCCCCUCACACACAGACACACACACACGCAUACAAACACAUACACACAAACGCUCGGCACACACAUACACACACACACACACCACGCCCACUGCCAAACACACUCUGUCAAACCUACAGUAUAUGUUCACAAAUCUCAGAGAACUACUAAGAUAAACACACACACACACUUUUACACUCCCCAGAACAUCAUUGACUACAUACACUGUGAAAGACACGCAACAACACACACGUUGUGAAACCUCUUCAACACACACACACACAAGGUUCCUUUUCCAGGGACACACCACCAAAUGGACAUUGUUCAUCUUCUCACCACUGAAAUGAGAAAGGACAUCCGCGGGUCUGUGAACUGAGGAGAAAGGAGAGAAGAAGAGGGAGGAGGAUCUCCAGGACUCUCUCCUCCCUUCCAGUCUCCUCUUUGUUUCAGUGCUCUAGCAUUUGUUUAUUUCAUUUUUUUGUCAAUGAUGCCAUGCUCACUCCUGCCUGUCAGUGCAAAAAGAGGACACUGAUUCUCAGGUCACCCUGCCAAAAGAAAAGGAAGCAAGCGCUCAACGCCAUGUCAAAGACCUCCAGUGCAGGAUGUGGUGACUUGUACCAGAUGAGCAGAUGCCGUCCUCCUCCUCCUCACAAUUAUAAUACCCACCACCAGUGUUUUUACAUGUGUUUUCAAUGAUGCCAGUAACGACGACGAGUAUCGCCUCACUUUCUAAUUCUGAUCCAAGUUAGUCUCACACCGUCUCGUACUGCACUAGGGGUCUUCUACUUCACACCCUGAGAACUGGUUUAAUGAUUAGGACUUUAUUGAAACGUUAUCGAAACAUUUAUUGGCGAUAGGUCUGUAUUUUUCUCUGUGGUUGUUACUUGUCAAUGCCGCUCUGUUGUCACAAGUAGUUUGGACUGGAGGUAGAAGUGAAACAGGUUGUAUAGAAGUUCCAGUACUCCAAAUGGUGCUAAGUGUUCAUCCUGCCAUAACGUUCCCAUUUGGUUCUGUAACGUUGCCAUCACAUUCUGUAACGUUCCCAUAACGUUCUGUAAUGUUGGGGAUAGUCGUCAUUGUAAAUUAAUUGGUAAGAAUGGAACCUCAUGCAACCUUUAGAAGCUAGUCGACGUAACCUUCUCAUCUAGCGAGUGUUCCUUCCAGUGUCUCAAAGACCAAACCUGGUGACUCUGUCUUUUAGUUUUGUUGUUGAAGAUAACAGAGGCGUGGAGUGUUAAAGCCACAGAGAAGCUGUCAUUUUAAGACUGUUUCAAACAGCUCUCGGAGACUAGAAAGCAAAGGCAUGUUUUUUGUAACACUCAGCACUCUAGGUAAAAGCCUGAGGUAAUGGCUUUGCUUUGAGUCAGUUUGAGCUGAGAGUAAGUGAUUAGGCCAAUGGGUUUCCAGUGUGCAGGCCAGCGUUUUACUUCUAGGGAAUAAUAUGUGGCUGUGCUAGUGGCUGUGCUUCAAACAAAGCGCGUCACAGGUUGAAACAAGCCUCUUACCGGUAAUAAUGUGCCACAACAACAUAAGGUACAGCAGUCCGUUUUGUCGUGCAAAAUGAAUUUCUUAUUGACUUGGUGUGUUUUCUUUUUAUUUGUGAUGACCAGAUUUUGUUUUUGUCAGGAGAUCUGGUUUUUAAAAAGUAAUAGCUUUAUCAACUGCAUUUUACCUGCAAUAUGAUACUGGCAUACUGUUCAAGCUUUUGCUCUGUUUCAAGACAAAUGUGAUUUAGUACAAAUGGUUUUACGAGAAAGGGUUUUAGAUAGAUAGGAGAUGUGUAGCUUCAGGUGAACUGUGGUUGCUAUGGGCCUAUACCUGCCACUGUUCUACAGGACCUGAAUUACAUGGAUGAAUUUCAAUUCUGAUUCGCUGUAGCAAUAAGUACUUAUGUGAGUUGCUGAGCAAUCCUCUACUCUUCCCGGCAACACAUAACUCUAUGAACAAACACUGUUGUCCAACCACACACAUACACACACACACAAUGCAAGAAUGUGGAUUGAUAUAAUGUAAUGUUUAUUACAAAGGUGCUUCUCAAUGACAGGAACAUCGACUCAUAUUUUACUUGAUGUACUGGCCAGGUAGUGACCAUCUAGUUCCUGUAUCUAUCAAUGGUCUCACUUUGUAGUGACAAAUUACUUGAAUUAUUGAAUUCCAACUUGAACUUUGAUUCACUUUUCAAAUCAAAAAGGGAGACAGAGAGAUGCUUGAAUAUGAUAUCUGAUUCGAAAUCCACACUCUUGCAGCUGUUGUGAAUGUUGUGAUCUUGGGACCCAGGUGGGCGGGCAGGUCAUGAUAGGACGUUAUGUUCUUGAAUGAUCUGUUGCAGGUAACAUACACCGGAGAGAGAGUGUGAGCACUUGAUUGCUGUAGCUCUACGUCCGCAGAUGCCGUAUUUAGACUGGACGGGACACCUGCUUUUCCUCAGUCACACACAGAAGCACUUCCAAAGACAGCCAUGUAACCAGCAGAUUGCCUCUCUAUGUGCAGAUGAUUUGAGACGUGGAUACGGCAAGUUGGUGCCCCGCCCUUUCUCAUCACGACCCGUCACAUUGAUCCAUCCAUGUCCAAACCACUGUCCUGAACUGUUGCACUGACACACCUGUUUCUCCACUGCAGUCUCACCCAAACACAACCACCCAACCAAGAGAUCCUUCACAUACUGGCAAUGGAACUGAGAGACAAUGCUCGAAUCCCCAAAAGCUUCAGGAAUGAAAUAAGUGAGAACUGAAUGGCACAUAUGCACCUUAGUCCUCGUAUCAGGAUCUCAAUGCUAUUUUUCCGAAUGGCCUGCACUGAAAUAUAACAUAGACAGUGCACCUCUUGCUGGUUCUGCAUGUUAGCAUAGAAUGUAUUCCCAGUCGUUUUUUUUAUUCAUAGAGUAAUGACAUCGGAACUGCAAGAAACUGUUAUUUUUGUUACUUACCGCGGGUGGUCUUAGUCUCUCUUGUAUGCACCGUCCAGUAGGUCCCUGUCCCCCAAUAUAGAAUGGCUCCUUGCUACUGACUGCUGUUUGGGCCUGUCUGUUUGGGUUUCUCGAUUUCAAGGAUCUACACACACACACACACACACACACACACUGAUAGAGAAACAGGUCUGGACAUCUUCACUUUGAACUUCACUCUCCUUGUCGUUUACAUGAAUUUAUUUUGCGAAAAGAGAAAAAGCAUGUAUAGCCCUAUAGACUGGUUCUCGUGGCUUGAACAUGUGACUAGAGAUUGCAGAUGGAUUCUGAUAAUGAUGCUAUACUGUACUCCAGCACAAUGAAUGUGGGGUUGGGAUGAUCUUCAUUCCCUCAGUAUGGGAGAAUUAGUACUUUUUACACUGCCAUACCUUAAACUGUCAUUCUACUCAAAAUGCCAUCACCGUAGUUAUUUUCUAGAUGUGACAUACUUUUACUACUAUCCCCUUCCCUGGGAUGUAAAGUGUGAUUGAUUGACUGGCUAUUCUCUGAUGACGAAAAACGAGCAGUGUUUUUUUGGAUAGAGUGUUUUAAUGGUUGUGUGUCACUUUUAGACAUUGAGCAGGAACUUCAGCUGAAACACCAAUGCUUUUCCCUGACUUGUACCAUGUUUUUUUACUCAGAUGUUUAUUUUGUUGUUUUACAUGCUCCUUUUUGGUGAUUGUUUCAAUAUUUCAUGUCUAUAUACUGUAUAUUGGAUCUCAAGUUCUUGUUUUUGUCUUCUAUCACAUUAUAGCCAUUGUAAUUGACAUUUUGAGUUGUUGUCUAAAUGAGAAAAAAAAUCUAUAUAUGAAAAACAUCAACAGAUUAAUUUCUAAAAUAAAGUGUCUGUUUGUAAUUA